AGCGACACUAGCAUGUUUUGGGUUUUGGCCUGUUUACUGCACUGAUUGCACUGCAGGACAUAGACUGAAAUAUUUAUUUACGUGUAAAAUAAGUUAACCUUUUUCACCUGUCCAAGAAAAAUUUCUACGGCUCCGAUUUAUCCUAACCUAAAUUUCGGAGAUGGCAGAAGGUUACGGACGAGACACACCUCCGAUAUAUUCAGGAAGUAACGAAGAACCUCGAUCAGCUGGGCAACCUUUAUCCGAUUUUCUACUGCAACUUGAAGAUUAUACUCCGACUGUUCCAGAUGCGAUCAGUGCUCACUAUCUCCACACAGCUGGUUUCAACACAACUGAUCCAAGAAUUGUCAGGCUAGUUUCGCUAGCGGCUCAAAAGUUCAUCUCUGAAAUAGCUAAUGAUGCAUUACAGCACUGUAAGACGAGAGGGGCAAAUCAGAAUACUAAAACGAAAGGAAAGGAUCGUCGCUAUACGUUAACAAUGGAAGACUUGACACCGGCUGUUGCUGAAUAUGGCAUAGUGGUCAAGAAGCCCCACUACUUUGUCUGAUUUAAAAUAAUGAGUCUCCCCUUUGUUGGAGAGAAGAAUAAUUCUAUUGUAUUUGAACGACGCCACAAAGCUGUGGAUAGAUGAAGCUUUUUCUAAAAAAAUCCUUUCAUGCAGUUUACCUAUGCUCCAAUUAUUUACUCACAAAUAUUCGGUUGCACAGAUCUGGAAAGAACAACUUUUCAUCGUUAUUGGUUCUUGUAACGACGUUAAAAUGCCUUCGAAUAAACUGUCCUAAAAUA